UGUCAGUCUCACAGUAAUUCUUUAUUCUGUCAGCAGGUAUGGGACAAAAUGACGCCCAAUGGGGUCGCUACCACGCAGGUGCCAGUGUGCUCAUGGCUCUACUCAAAAUGCCAGCCGCCUGGUACCAGCUGUCCUUACUCUUCCUGUCACCUAACAUCAACUUCCGGUGUGCCAUACCUUCAAAUGAAAGUAGACCGAUAUCCAACCUGUCAAGAUCUUCCUGGGACGACUCCUGCAGCUACAGGGACCAAGGAGGAACUCCACACUCCUGUGACCUCUGGCAGUAUGACACAUCGGAGCUCAGCAACACAGUCAACAUGAUGGUAGGGUCUAACUUCAACAUCAUGGUAGGGUUUAACAGCAACACAGUCAACAUGAUGGUAGGGUCUAACAGCAACACAGUGAACAUGAUGGUAGGGUCUAACAGCAACACAGUGAACAUGAUGGGUCUAACAGCAACACAGUCAAACAUGAUGGUAGGGUCUAACAGCAACACAGUCAACAUGAUGGUAGGGUCUAACAGCAACACAGUCAACAUGAUGGUAGGGUCUAACAGCAACACAGUCAACAUGAUGGUAGGGUCUAACAGCAACACAGUCAACAUGAUGGUAGGGUCUAACAGCAACACAGUCAACAUGAUGUGGAACCUGGUGUGUGAUCGAGAGCUGCUAGCUACGUGGGCCCAGUUCUCGUUUAUGUGUGGCGUCUUCUCUGGGAAUGUCAUUGGAGGAUUCUUGGCUGACAGGGUAGGGCGCAAGCCUGUUCUGGUAUUUGCGGUCUUACUACAACCCCUCAUGAGUGCCGUAGUCGCAGUGGUGCCGUGGUUCUCCCUCUUCCUCCUCUUCAGGUUCCUGUUGGGGUUAGCUCUUGGAGGCACCAUUGUCAUCAGCUUCCUUCUAGGUGGUGAGCUUGGAGCUGGACCAUGGAGGCCAGCAAUCACAAUCCUUCAUCAAGUUCCGUUUGGCAUGGGUCAGACUCUCCUCGCCUUGGCCGCUUACUUCCUCCGCGACUGGAGGGAACUUCAGAUGGCUCUCUCUGUUUUCUGUCUCAUCUUUCUACCGUACUGUUGGUUGGUGGAAGAGUCACCUAAGUGGCUGAUGGCGACAGGACAACAGAAGCGAGCUGAGCGAGUGAUGGAGGUAAUCCGUCGGAGGAAUGGAGUCCCCCAAGCAGCUACCACUGAGAUGCUCCCCAUGACGGAGAAAAAUAAAGUCCAGAUUGUGAAGGCUGACAAUGAGAAGCUCAACAAUAAUGGCGGAGUCGGCUUCUGUGAUCUGUUCCGCACGCCUAGACUGCGCCACUACACCCUGGCUGUCUGGCUCAUGUGGUACUGUGCCGGCCUCAGCUUCUUCACCAUGAAUGCCUACCAGACACAACUGGGAGGCAACACUUUUGUCAACGUCGGUGUUGGAGGUUCGUCACUUUCCAGAUACACGCUAGAAUGUCAAAAACAUAGCCUGUUGUCUGGGGUUACUACAUCCAAUA